GGAAGCGUCAAAACAGGUAUGAAUUGUUAACGAUACCGGAUAAACUUGUGAAACGUGCUCGCUCAUAUAACACCGGAGAAGUGUUUUCUCUCUCGUAGUAACGCCGUGACAGCAAAAUAAUGUCUUUCGCAUUUUAACUUGCUUUGAGUGCACUUGAGGAAGCGCUGGUGAAAUCAUUGAGUUGGCGUCAACAGCAAGUGCACUUGGCGAGCAAGUCCGGUUGGACCGACGUAGAGUUUAUGUUUACCGGCCUCCUUUAUUUGCCUCCCCGAGGUGAAUGUAAGUGUUUGUCCCGACAAAUGUCCUCACCCUGCUGCUGUUUGUGUACUCUAAGCUGCGCUGAGGAGGCAGGGAGGUGAGGGCGGUGCAGCACUGGUCACAGCAUCACCAUGGACCGCUCAAGCCGGCGGCUACCUGCCACCCACCUGUAGCAUCAAGCGGCAACAUGGCGAACACGGCACACGGUACCCAGGACCGGAGAGACAGCCGCUGUGGUGUGUCUGGAGAAGCCAUAGUGGAGAAUGGCUGUGUAAUAACGGACCCGCCUGCUUCUGACCUCCACGAUCAUACCAACCACCACUGCCAUGAACCCAGCAUAACCCCGCACAGCGAGCCCGUCCUGUCCAGUUACAAUCCAUCCUGCUCCUCUACCCCUAUCUACUAUUGCAGCCCCCAGAAAAGCUACUCGGACCUGAACCAGGACAGCCACAGCUUGACUUCCCAGGACUCAGGUAUCCCGACUCUGGAGAUCAACCCUCCAGAGCCCAUCCUCCACAGCCACCAACGCUCAGGUGAGGGAGGCCUCAUCCCGGACUCCAGUGACCACUCUCCCGCCACUUUAACUUUGGACGAUGAUCCCUCUGAUGGUAGCAGCAUCCGUAAAUCCUCCACCUUCCCCCGCAGCGGGUACGACUCCAUCCGCCUCUUCAGCCCUGGCCUUAGAUUAUCCGCCACCACAGGGAUGGGUCUUGGGGGUGGAGCUUUAAACCGCAGCGAUGAUAUCUCUGUGUGCAGUGUGUCCAGCAUGAGCACCGAGCUGUCGGUUUCCAAUGAAGACAUCUUGGAUUUCACCGUCACCUCUGACUCCAGCGCCAUUGUUACCUUAGAGACAGAUGACAGCAGUGUAGGUCAUUUCUCAGAUGUGACGCUGUCAUCAUCACCAGGAAACCCAGGAGACUUAUGGAGUCCUGUACGACCUCAUCCAGGGUCUGGGGUCAGGCAACAGGAGGAGGAUGGCAGGCAAAAGAAACUGGGACCUCUAGCAAGCUUAUUCAACAGGAGCCUGUUUGCCCGGAGAGUGAAGGACAGUCGGCCAGUGGAGCAGAGGGAUCCAGGGUGGAAGCUGUUUGGGAAAGUCCCACCCCGGGAAGCCCCAAUUAAGGACCCAAAGAGAAUACAAAAGGAAUAUGAAACAAAGAGUGGCAGAGCUGGACCUGGCAACCCGACAUCUCCCAGGCAGGGUGUGAGGAAAAACCUGGACUUUGAGCCCCUCUCCACCACUGCACUUAUACUGGAGGACAGACCUGCUAACCUGCCUGCCAAGCCAGCCGAGGAGGCCCAGAAACACAGACAGCAAUAUGAAGAGAUGGUGGCCCAGGCCAAGAAGAGAGAGUUGAAGGAGGCUCAGAAGCGAAAGAAGCAGCUGGAGGAUCGGUGUAAGCUCGAGGAGAGCAUUGGCACAGCCGCCCAGAUCUGGAACCAGGAGAUCUUACCUAACUGGAGCACAAUGUGUACGUCUCGACGAGUGAGAGACCUCUGGUGGCAGGGCAUCCCCCCCAGUGUAAGAGGCAAAGUGUGGAGCCUGGCUGUGGGCAACGAUCUCAACAUCACACAUGAGCUGUAUAACAUUUGUUUGGCCCGGGCAAAAGAAAAGUGGAGGAACACGGCAGCACCUUCCAUAGAAACCGAAACUGAAGAUGCUGGUUCAUCAGAUCGGGAGUCGAGCCUGGAGCUGAUCAAGCUGGACAUCUCAAGAACCUUCCCCCAACUAUGUAUCUUCCAGCAGGGCGGGCCAUAUCAUGAUGUGCUGCACAGCAUUCUGGGAGCAUACACUUGUUACCGGCCAGACGUUGGCUACGUGCAGGGAAUGUCGUUCAUCGCAGCAGUGCUGAUCCUGAACCUUGACACAGCUGACGCCUUUAUAGCUUUUGCCAACCUGCUCAACAAGCCCUGUCAGAUGGCCUUCUUCAGAGUUGACCACAGCCUUAUGUUGACUUACUUUGCGGCAUUUGAAGUGUUCUUUGAAGAAAAUCUACCAAAGCUCUUUGCACAUUUCCAGAAAAAUAACUUGACCCCAGAUAUUUAUUUAAUCGACUGGAUCUUCACUCUGUACAGCAAGUCUCUGCCGUUGGACCUGGCAUGUCGGGUGUGGGAUGUGUUCUGCAGAGACAACGAGGAGUUCCUGUUCCGCACGGCGCUGGGCCUGCUGCGUCUCUACCAGGACGUCCUGACCAGCAUGGACUUCAUCCACAUGGCUCAAUUCCUCACCCGCCUGCCUGACCUCAUCCCCGCCGAGCAGCUCUUCCAGCACAUCGCUGCUGUCCACAUGACCAGCCGCAACAGGAAGUGGGCGCAGGUCUUGCAGGCGUUACAGAAAGAUCAGGAGCGAGGCAGCCCGGUGCUGAAGCGCUAGAGGAAAAACCAUCACCAGACUCAACCAGUUCCCCUCCAGCCCUCGGGAAACUGGACUCUCAGCCGGCCCGGAUGGACCUGAGAAAACUUCAAUGGGACUUAUCUGGUUGUAGCUGCUGUGAUAAACCUCAUCCCCAGAGCCGUCUCACUGCUCUAACUGGAACCAGGACCCUGGAGGGGAGGGGGGACUGUCAGCAACGAGGGUAGGGUGUGAAAAGGAAUACGAGGCCUUAUUUAUCUCUCACCUGUGCUCAGAGGCCCAGCAGUGGACUGCAAAGUGUAGCUGGCAGAGGCUGAAGAAUGUAUCACGCACACACUCCCACGUACACCAGGCUGAUUCAGGUCUCCACAGAGCAGAGGGCGUCACAGAGAUACUACUUACUACUACGCCCACUUAGAUUUGAAUUCUCUGCUGCUCUUUCCAGCAACACUUAUUUGUAUCUUUUCUUUAAAUGUGGCUUUUUAUGACAAAAACAAAAGUCAAAGUGUGACUCCCUAAUCUCUAAAAGAUUUGGUCAUGGAAAGAAAUACUGUAGUCCCUGAAGUGGCAUCACCAGAGUCAGAUCUGUGGGUGUGAAAUAUGUUAAGUGGAGCCUCAGCUUGCGUCUUUCCAUCUCUUUGUCUCUGCACCUUUUUUUCCCUCAAAACUUCAGUCAUUCCUUCAGUUUGAUUUUGUCCUGUGUGCUUUACAUUUGUGUAUUUUCCAGGUAGUCACUGAACCAUUCCAUGAAGUCAACUCUCAAUUUUGAGUUAAAAUCAUUGAUAUGCACGUAACCUUCAUGCUGAAGACAUAUUAGGUGUCUCUGAGAGCACCACGUUGUUACAUUCGUUUUAACCCUCUAAAAACAGGUCAUAAGCUGCCUGUAAAACACGUUUUACAGUGUAUUUAUGUCAGUGAAACUGGAGUUGAUAUCGAAGCAUGUUGCUGUUAGACACACACAACAUGCAGUGUCACAUAUGGAUGUCCCCUACCCUUAAAGGAACGGUUCACCCCCAAAUCAAAAGCACACAUUUUCCCUCUUUCUUGUAGUGCUGUUUGUCAGUCUAGAUUGUUUUGGGGUGAGUUGCCGAGUGUUGCAGAUAUGGGCUGUAGAGAUGUUUGCCUUCUCCGAAAUAUGAUGUAACUAGAUAACACGGGUGCUCAAAAUGCAAAAAAAUAUAAAUUUAAAAACUCAACAUCAAUGUCUCUUUCCAGAAAUCAUGACCUGA